CUCACGCUUCAUACAGUAUAGCCAUACUAAGAGCCGUGGGCAAGUUUCCGAGCAGGAGGCCGAUCGCUCCUCACUGAUGUGUUAUAAAGUGGUGACGAAAUCACAACAUUGAAGCAAUCAUCAUACCAUUCGGAUCAUCACCACAUCUUCGCGACAUUUCAACGACAGAUCAACCUAUCAAAAAGCAUCCUUCUCCUCCACUCAGAGCACACAUUUGCACUCUCCAUAUCUCUCUAUUCACCGCCUUUCACUUCGUCAAACAUCCAACAUGAAGGGAAUCACUGUCUUCACCCAGGCCCUCAUCUUCGCCCUCAGCUUUACAGUCGAUGCGGCGCCAGUGUACAAACCAACUGGCCACGAAAUCCGCUUCAGCCGAGGGGACGACGUCGACGCCGCCCAGUUCAACCCGCGGGGCACGUGCCCUACGGUCGAUGAGAUUCAGCAGUGGCUCGCCGACAACACGAGCGUGGGAGCCAACACCGUCUUUUGGACAUCUGGCGCCGACGUCACAGCUGCCGAGAAGCUGGCCGCCCAGGUCGGGGGCCAGUACUUCUACGGCGCCUACGGCAGCCAGCAGUCGAUCUGGCAGCGGGACUGCCAGCCAAAGGACAGGCUGGUCAAGCGCAUGUCGCAGGCGUUGGCCAAGCAGGCAACUGGCCAGACCUACAUCGUCUUGGGCGCGUACGCGAUCGGCACCGACAGUGUCUGGCUUCAAGACGAGUAUCCCAAUCUCAGCGGGGUGACCAUCACGGCUGUGGAUGAUCAGCUCACCAAGCAGGAGCCUUAUAACCCUCACGUCAACCCUUAUGUCUCCUGAGAGGAGCUUGCCCUAUCCGUAGCGCCCGGUUGUGCCGCACGCGUAUAGAGGGACCAAGAAAUGGACGAGAUAUGUUUGGCGAAGCUGCUGCUUUGGAGGAAAUGGAGUAGUGGGUUCGGAAAGUGAGGGUGACCGGGUAGGCCAUGGGCAGAAACGAGAACUGGUCUUGUCAGGGGUCCAAGACACUUGAAUGAGCAUGGGUUGCAUAGCGAAUAGUUUUAUGGCAUUUACAAGCUGCAUAUUUUCAAAACCUA